UAUUUGGCCAAAAAGCUGUGAUAAAGCGUGCCCGGUCAAAGUGUGACUUUCAGGUUGUUGUUGCAGCUUGUAAAGAAUUUUGGGGGGUUUUGUGUCAAUAAAAAAGUUUUGAAACAUCCCAGAUCCCGAGGGCAGUAUUUCUUUUUUGUUAAGAACAUAAAAGGCAAGAAACAACAGGAUCAUUAUCGGUUGCAUGAAGUGCUUGAUACGCUUUUUUCCCACCGGGAUUUAGUGUACGCUGUGGAAAGACCUUUUUUGUUGUAAAUCCUCCAAAUCACUUUUUAUUUCCCUUAUAUGCAUCAGAGAGUAUCCCGAUCAAAUUUAUUCCUCUCUGUCCAUGUUUUUUUUUUUUUUAAAUUGUUAUCAUAAUGAUUUCUCAACUGAAGACACCCAAAAUAUUUUUUCUGUAAACUGUGCAGUAUUUGCAGCUUAGUGCGGAUGCAGCGUGCUGUUCAGUCCUCCCACCGCAGGGUGGCUCUGUCGUCAUAUCCGCUUGCGUCGCUGUAAACUGGCCGAUGUCAAAGUUCAUCGUCGAAGUCACCGCUGAGAAACAAACUCUUACGAGGACAGUUACUGAAACAGAAAUAUGUUGAGUAUUUAGCGUCAAUGUGCGUCAAAUUGUGUUGCGGCUCUUUUGACUGUUUAGGAAUUCAGCCUCUCCUGUUGACCAAUGCCAGCUGAAGCGUGAUGCAUCCAGAGCGGCCCAGAACGAGCUUCGCCCUGCAGAGACGACAGGCAGAUUCGGCCCCUCGGGGCACGCCGAGCACCGGCCUACUGCAGGGCCUCAUCCAGAGCGCCAGGCCUCCUUCCUUCUGCUUCCUGCUCCCCAGGGUCCACGCAGCUGAUGUGGCUGCUGCCCAGCCUGCACAGAUGCCCUCGUCCUCCUCCUCCUCCUCCUCCUCCUCCACCGGUCCUGCUCCUGCACCCAUCCCCUCUCCCAGCACCUUGCCAAAGACGAUCGGCAGGCCAGAAUUCCCAGACACAGGAUGGGACCGCCGCAUCAAGGACCUCUUUGACUUAGACGUGACACAGAGGUACCCAGAGGAGCUGACCAACAUCAUAAAGAGCGGUUUAGUGGCUGGACUCGCAGGCUUCAUCUACGGAGUGCCGGCAGCUCGCCACGCCAAGCAGAGGUAUAUCCAGCUGAGCCAGGCGGAAAUCUACUCGAGCCGAGUGGAAGCAGUGCGCUCGGCUCAUAAUGCAGCGAUCCGAGGUUUUGUGAGGUACGGAUGGAGAUGGAGCUGGAGAGUGGCUGCGUUUGUCACCUUAUUCAAUUCUGCGAGCACGGGGCUGUCUGUGUACAGAGACAAGUACGCCAUCAGCCAUUAUGCUGCAGCUGGAGCUGUGACUGGAGGCCUCUUCAGACUGAACCUGGGCCUGCGAGGGCUGGUGGCGGGGACAGUCAUCGGAGCAGUGCUGGGGCUUCCCACCGGUGCUCUGAUCAUCAGCAUGCAGUCUGUGGCCGGAGAAACUCUCAGAGAGAGGAGGAGGAGAGAGCGAAGGGAACUUUAUGACCUCAAACUCUCAGAAUGGACGGCCCGUCUGCAGCUGACAGACGAGCUGAUUGACGAUCUGAACGUCAGCUCUCAGGCAGAAGAAACCAGUAAGGACAUGCAAAGGAUCCAGGAACUGCUGGCUUUACCGCCGAAGGAGGAUGUGAUUCAGGACUCACGCGGCCAAUGACAGGAGCGGCACUGCGUGUGACCUGCUGGACACUGAAGGUGGGACUUCACACACCUGGGAAGGAUACGUGGGUCACUUGUUUUCCUGGACUCCACACACUGGCUCCACACGCCUUCUCUCUAUCUGAAUGGAAACUGCUUGACAUAUGAAUUAAAAGACACUGUUAUACCUCA